AUGCCUUUCCCAGGAACCCCGUCUCCAUUUCGCCUGUCUCGCCGCCAACCAUCGACACGCAGAGGCGCCGGCCCUCAAUUCUCAAACUCCCCUCGAUUUCUCCUUUCUCAGUCAACACCGAAGAAGCAUAAUGACCUGGAGAUCGACGACGAGGGCGACAAUGAUGCGCCGGCUUCAACCGCCAGAGCUUCCCGAACCCCGGCUCCGUCGCGUAACUCUCUUCCCCAGCCACAUCGGCAGCGAGACGUGAUUGAAGACUCCGAUGAUGACGAGGCAUACACAGAGGAAGGAAUUCUCCGAUCUGAACGCGAUAGAGAAGAUGCGGUGGAUGAUGCUAUCAAUAGCACGCCCCCGGGUGAACCUGCUACACCUGGACCUCUUGACCUGGAAUUCGACGCAGUCUUUGCGCCAGAAAGGGAUGGCAAGAAACGACGACGACUGGAGACAAACGAAAGGCUUUCACUGGGUCAAAAAUUAGCACAGCAAGGUGCACUACCUCCGCUAUCGCCUGAAUCGCGGCCGCGACCUUCGAUUUCACUCGAUUCUCCUGCUCCCCAACCAACACCCAGUGCAAUGCCCCGAGAAAUCGCCUUACAAGGGACGCCCGCUCCCCGAACCAAAUUCAUUGGCCCAGGGAUAUCAACGCCAGGUACGAGCAACACGCCAUUUCGCAGCAAGCCCCGGUUUAUGCUCUCGACGAAGAAACCACCGAACACGCAGCCUACAUUCCGAGGCGAGACACCAUUCGCUUCUCAGCCGGGCUCGCCGCCAGAAAGACGUAGACCGACCUUCAUCCUUCCCCGCUCUCCAUCGCCUUCUGCAGCAGCGGAAUAUAUCCCGGCCCCAUUUUCUCCUUCCUCGCGCGCACUGCGUCGUCGCGGUCGACCUCGCGCGGGUGCCGAGACUUAUGCGCCGGGCGGGAUGGCCGCGGAAGUUCGCAGCUGGAUUCUAGAAAUGGGAUCCAAGCGUGAUGCAAUUUCGGCUCCAACCUUGCAACCAAGCCAGGCCCGUGACAUGAGGCGGUAUCUGCUGGCUGCCCGUGUUAUACAUGCGAACCAGACAGUUCUUAGUAGCUCCGGACCCUUGGCUUUUAUCCAAGCCGAGAAGAUAGUAGAUGGAUCCCAGUCGGAAAGAGAUGAACGAGAAAUUAUUCAUAUUAUGACAAUGGGACUACCGCGAUCUAAACCGCCGUCGCGUGGAAUUGAUCAGCGCGCUGAAACCGCUCAGGCUGUCAUACAGACGGGUGAUCUGCUGGGUAUACAUAAGGGCCUUGCUUGGAAUCUUGAACUUCAUGGGUUCCAGCAAUUGAGUUCUUUGCCGUAUCCCGUCGAAAUGCCUGGGUCACUUUCCUUGGAAAGUGGUGCAAGCAGUUCUUUUAAAAAGGAGUGGCUUAUUGCUAUGGAGUGGGAUAUUCUCGAGGCCUAA